AUGUUCAUGCCCUUAGCCUUCAUCUUGUUCUCGUAUGGCCGUGUGUUGUACCUCUGCCUGCGGCGAUCGCGGUCGUUCGUCUCGAAAGCCCUGAACACGUGUCUGCCCCAUGUGAUCGUGCUGCUCAACUAUUCCGUGUGUACCACAUUCGAUAUCAUGCAGAGAUCGACCAUCAGAGGAGAGCAGUCGAAGCCUCCGGUCACGGCCUCGCUUAUCCUGCUUCUAGCACCGACCGUGGGGAACCCUAUUGUUUACGGGCUGAAAGUGGGCGAGAUAUACCGGAGUCUGAAGACGCUCUUGCGCUGUGGGAGAUCAGAGAAAGAGACCAGAGCAAAUGGAAAUGCGUCCAAAGUGACUCCACAAUAA